AUGUUAUCAUUAUCACUAUUAUCACUAUUAAUAUUAAAAUUAUCAAUAGCAUAUGAUGGAAACACGGAAUAUUUUAGUUUUUCAUAUGAUGAAGCGAAUCUCGUUGAGUACGGUCCACAGGCUGGUGAUGCAGAUAUAAGUACCAACCAGCAAGCUAAUGGAAUGACAAUAAGGCUUUAUCAAUUUUUCCCAUUUUACGGCGCGAAAUAUAAUUAUACAAUGAUUUCAACCAAUGGUUAUAUUGGUUUCGGGCAUUUCUCAGACAACGAUCACGAUUUUCGCGUUGGCUCCGAAACAAAUUGGCCAAGAGAGUCCGAUCCGGCGCUUAUCGCUCCAUAUUUAUGCAAGCAAAGAAUUGAUAUUUCAACAAAUAGUCGAAUAUAUUAUCGAAUGGAAAUGCGAUCACAUAUUGCUUUAUCGUCAGAAACAACAUAUCUGACAAGGUCGAAAUGUCGAGGCAAAUUACCUUACGUUUAUUGUAAUCAACAAUCAAAUGAAUUUCUAGAUAAGAUGCAAAAUAUUCUUCAAGAAGGUGCUGCUGGUGGAAAUACCUUUCGAGCUGAAGCUGCUCUUAUUGUUACGUGGCAUAAUUUGCGACCAAAUAUUGGUAAAGAACGCUCGUUCUCAACCUAUCAGCUUAUCUGGAUGACUGAUGCUUUAGGAACUCUUGCAUAUACGAUAAUUAAUUAUGAUAAACUUGCUUAUGAUGCCGCUGAUUUAAACGGAAAUACAGUAACUGGUCGUUGCCAGGCCAUAUUUAACGGUGGUAAUCACACUGGUUUCGUGCUAGUUGAUGCAUCGUUGGUGACAAAAGAGCGACCAUCAUCGCUGAUGGAGCGUUCAGCUGUGCCACAUGUUGUACGUGGUCGCUAUCUUCAUCGUGUUGAUGAUAUUGUACGACCUGUCGGUUGUUCCAAUAAAACUGGUGGAACUUGUGAGGAACUUAUUAUUUGUUUUUUGCUAAAUAUUUAUCCAAAUAUUGUUAAUAUGCUUGGUGAAAAAACAGUGGAAAUAGCUCCAUGCCAUGUCCUGAAUCCUUCAAUUGCUCGAUGCUAUCUUCCAAAGAUUCUAGAUUGGGGCACUAAAAAUGUUUAUUUUCAACCACAAUCCGGCUUGGCUAAUGAUGAAAAGGCUUAUAUUGGCCAUAUCUAUUUUGUACCACCAACCAUCGAUCCAUUACGACUUGACAUUGGAAAUAUUUACGACUGGUUUCGUAUCAUUGUUAACAAUAAUAAGCAUGUUGUUUGGUAUCCAAGGAAUUUCACAAAUCCACGGCUACACGAUCGAAUGUUCGAUAAAAAUGAUCGAUCCUUGUAUGAAACCCAACUUGGCUUAUAUGUUAUUGGAUAUAAAGAAUCACGAGAUGAUUUAGCUAAAAAAUUUAAACCAAUGCACCGAGUUCUUGCAAGAAUAAUAAGUGCACCAAUAUCGAUCCACUGGCUUUGGCCAUUGCGAUUCGAUGAAAAUAAAGAUGAUCUCGAAGAAAGGAAAAAAUUUAUUAAAGAAAAAGCUACGGAUAUUUGCGAGUACUGGUUCGAUGAAGAUGGCAUUUUACCGAAUUUUAUUCGCCAAACUGAAACGAAUGCUUCAUGCCCUUGUAAAGAAAAUCAAGCAUCACUCGACAUUGGCCGUUUCAUGCCGCAUCCUCGAUGUUCCCAAGAACAUGAAGGAAGAUCUCGAAAAUUUUUUUUAUAUUUCGAUGAAUUCACUCCUUAUAAUCCUGGAUUUCCUAUGCGUGCCUAUGAAUUCGGAACGCCACCUUUUCAGGGAAUGUUUGAAACAUUUAGAGAUAUUGUUUGUACAGAAAUUAUUGGCUCAAAAAACUGCUAUAUAACAGCACAAAAUAUUCGUGGUUCACAUUAUGAUAAAAAUGAGAACAAUAAAAUAGGUUUUCAAACGAACCUUUAUUCGACACACUAUGGACAAGUUUGUUGCUAUGAUGAUCAAGGCUUUUUGAUGCAAACCAGUUAUCAACCAGUCAUUAAAAUCGAUGAAUUCACUCCUUAUAAUCCUGGAUUUCCUAUGCGUGCCUAUGAAUUCGGAACGCCACCUUUUCAGGGAAUGUUUGAAAUUCCUGAUCUUAGUACAUUUUAUCAUGAUCUGAUGCCAUAUUAUUUUUGUUGCAAAUUUGCGGAUUUUCGCUGUCAAUUAUUUUAUUGGCGAAGACCUUCAAGUGCAUGUCAACAUUAUAUUCCACCAUUAAUUGGUACAUUAAUGGGUUCGGGUAUUAUAACAACACUACAAAAUGAAAAAUUCGUUUUUAAUGAUGCCGGAAUCUAUAAAUUUCUUUAUGUCGAGCGAACAACAUUGAUGCCUGAAGUUAAUAUUCAAAUUCGAAUGGAACGUUUCCCCUAUCGUAAUGUUGAUUUUAGUGGAUAUAAUCAAGAACAAUUUAAACUCGUACAACCAUCAAAUGCAACUGUGGUGACAGGUGUUGCUUUAGAGAGUGGCGAUUCGGAUCGUGUUCAUGUCAUAUUAAGAAAGGAUACUCGACGAAUGAGGUAUCGAACAACGAUUCUUGUCAAUGAUAUUGUUCGAUAUUUUGAUAAUAUGCAAUUGCAACGAUAUAAAGGUGUUUCGAUUUAUAUAAAUAAUGUGCAACAAGGUCAAGCAGAAGUAUAUGUCGUACUGCAUGAAGCACAAAUCGGUGUUCGCAUACGAGAAUCUUACGCUCUUGAUAUGGACCGAUUUCCUACUUAUAUGGAGAGCUUCGGCUUUCUGGAUUUACUUAUUUCGGUACCGUCGCAAUAUAUCUCGGGUUCGAAUGAACUCAAUGGUGUUCGGAUGUAUGGCCUAAUACAUCCAAUCGAUCAUGGAUCCUUUUCAAAUCGAGAUUCAGGACUAACAUGGAAUGAUAUUAACAAUCCGUCGCUAAGAGACAAUCUAAUCGAGAAAUAUCGCAUAAAGGGUGAAACAUAUAUGGAAAUCUCUAGAAAACUUUCCAGUUCAAUCGAUAUGUUUGAAGUACCAUCCGAUUUUGUUUUUAGCGCAUUACCUGAUAUUAAUCUUAAGAAACCAGUUUAUGUAUCUGAUAUUCGAUACUAUUCGGGACAAUAUUUAUUCGUUCCGCAAACUUUGGAAUCGAUUAACAGAUUUAAAGAAAUUUGCACAAAUUAUUUCGUUGAUGAAGAUUUAAUGGAUCCAAAUACAAAUCUUGAACUAAGAAGAUGUCCUUCGUUCAUGGAACUCAUCCAGAGCGAUUGCAAUAAAGAUAUUGUAUGCGAAUUAGAUUCGAUACUUCUUCAGGCGAAAAUUAUUGGUGAAAAAACGAGGGACGAAUAUUAUUCCUAUCUUGAACAUCAACAAUUGGCUUCAAUUCGAUAUAAUAGCUGCGGUGCAAUAACGCUAGAAUAUCCGGACUAUAUGAUGAAGGGACCAUCUAGUUCAAUGCCUGGUUAUUUAGAAGGCGAUACUGUUAUUUUUAGUUGUUUUCAAGAUCAUAUCACUAAAGGCGACACUGAUUAUCAAUGUACGCGAAGAUAUGAUAAAGAUAAUGUUAAUAAUUAUGAAAUGCGAUGGAAUGAAGGUUCGCAACCAUGGUGCCGUUCCCGCCAAGCGGAAGAUAUAAUUGUAUGGACAAUUUGGAGUCUAAUUUUAAUUGGCAAACUCGCAUUAAUAAUUCUCAUUUUCUUAUUCUGUUGGAUUAUCAAACAAAAUCACCUAUCAUUGGAACGUAACGCUAUACGUGAUAAUACAAAGACGAUAAAAGCUUCGAAUCAAAUACCUCUUGACAACGAUUUUAGUUUACGAAUUAUGGAAAAACCACCAGUUAAUCACGCUUCAGUUAUAUCAAGGUCAUAA